UGAGAGUUGGUGUCCCUCCCUGACUCCCAGGUGAACUAAAGAGUCCGGUUUGUGUCACACUCUUUCCAAAACUCACUGCCUCUUCCCUCUCUCUGACUUUUCUGAAAGCACCAGAUGGUUUUCAGGACGCCGCUCGACUUUUUCUCAGCAUCCCGUCUCCUCCUGCCGCACUUCGCGGAUGGGCCUCCCAUCAUGUCCCACUCCCGCUGCCCCGAGGACCCUCCCUCCGCCUGCGCUCCCGUGGCUCUCCCGGGACUGUGCUUCUCUGCGGCGCAGAUCGCCAGCGUGUGCGAGACUCUGGAGGAGACCGGGGACAUCGAGCGGCUGGCCCGCUUCCUCUGGUCACUCCCGGUGACCACAGACGGCCGAGACUCUAUCUCCGAGCACGAGUCCGUGCAGCGGGCUCGCGCCGUGGUGGCCUACCACACCGGGAGUUUCCGCGAGCUCUAUCACAUCCUGGAGACGCACCGGUUUACGCGCGCGUCGCACGGUAAACUGCAGGCGAUGUGGCUGGAGGCUCAUUACCGGGAGGCAGAGAAACUCCGGGGCCGCCCGCUUGGACCGGUGGACAAGUAUCGCGUUAGGAAGAAGUUCCCGUUACCGAGGACCAUCUGGGACGGAGAGCAGAAGACGCACUGUUUCAAGGAGCGCACGCGGGGACUUCUGAGAGAGUGGUACCUGCAGGACCCAUAUCCGAACCCCGGGAAAAAGCGGGAGCUGGCGCAUGCAACCGGACUGACACCGACUCAGGUUGGGAACUGGUUCAAAAACCGGAGACAGAGAGACCGGGCGGCAGCAGCUAAAAACAGACUGCAGCACCACAUGUGUCCAGAUGGCGCGCGCGCUUUCAGUGGAGGUGAUUGCAGUCCGGACGGGAGCGCAGAACGCGCUGAUGGCCAAACUCUUCUUCUCUCGGUGACGGACAGUGACUCUGACUUGGAUGUCUGAGAACUUAAAAGCUGUGAAAUGGAACUUUAGAGGCCUGUGGUGGUCUGCCGUGGAGUUACGGAGAGAGGACGAUGAUGAAAAAAAGGCUGGUCAGGGUUUGGGUUUGAAAUCAACUUCAUGAGUUUCAUCAAACCAGAGCAUCAGACAGAAGAUGUGAAUCAUUCAGGUAAUGUAACAGGUUUGUGUCAAAGCUGCUGGUUUAUUGCAACCAUGGUGACCACCAGCUGCACGUGAUCACAUCCACUUUUUUUUAUUUAUUUCUCAAUUCAUUGGAUGAAGACAUCUGCUGACCAACCUGAAUGAACAGACAUCAGUUGUGCUUUAACUCAGGGAUGCUGGAACACAUUGGAGGUAAUCACUCUUAUUUUCUGUAAUUAUGGGCUUUUCUUCUUCUUUGUUGUUAUGGAAGUAGUUGUUUCUGUGGACACCUGGAUAUGCAGCUCUCGACAAUCACACCACACUGAAGUCCACUUGCCCCUGUCUUACUGUUUUGUAUGUUUAUGAAUUUAGUUUAUUGUUUCUUUACCUUUACUUUAUUUAAAGAACGGCCGCGGUUCGGUCUGUAUGUUCUGUUCAAUUUUAUUCUGAAUAAAUGUGUUUUUUUUUGUAUUUUAUAUAUAAAUAAAAUGAUCUAAUUUAUGACUGAGAUUGUGCCCAGUGUUUUAGUAACGUGUGUAUGGUUUAUAUCAGUGGUCAGCAACUGGUGGCCUGUAGGUCAAAACUGCCCCGCCAGCAUCAGUAUCUGAUUUAACAAAUCUGAUGUUCAAUUAUUUGCUUGUCUUCACAAAAGAUAAUCAUUUCAUAUCAAGUUCAGAGCUUACAGUUAACCUAAUCUAAAUGUUUGGUUUGGAAAAUACAAAUAAAAACACUGAGGUUGUCAUGGACAGCCAGUUAUGGGGAGUAAAUGUCCAUAAAAUAACAACUUGUAUGUAGUUUCAAAGAAGGAGAGGUUAAGGAAACAACAUGGGUUUUUGUGAAGACGUUUGAAGACACUUUGCCAUGAAGGAUGUUUUGGCCCAAAUAUUCAAUUGCUUUAAAAAAAUUGGCCCUCAUCCACAUUUACUUGCUGAUCACUGGUUUAUAAUGACUGCGCCACUGAGACUUGUUUACUUGUUUUUAUAGCAAUUCAUAUCUCUAUGUUUUUGUAACCUAAUUUUCCAGUUUCCUCCCACAGUCCAAAAACAUCCAGAUUUGUGGAUUAGACAAAUUGG